AUGACAAACGCUGAAGAACCUGCUCUUCCCAACCCUAAUAAUCACACUAAACAAUCCACCAAUGGCGAUGCGGAACCUCACCACCAACACGAUAUCGAAGAUGAAGUUGAAGACGAAGAAGAUGACGAAUACGACGAGGACGACGACGUCGUUCAACAACCGAAUCGCGGAACUCCCCAAUCCGCAGCGUCCAAGCUGCGCGAACAGCGUUUCAAGGUGGAAACCCUAUCGCGAAGGUUGUCGUCGGAGCUGGUUCCGAUUCGAGUGCACGACGUGGUUAUAAACGGCAACACUAAGAUAAAGGAUUGGGUUAUUGAAGCGGAGCUCAGAGACAUCGAGAACGCCACCAGCAUGCAGGAGCUUGUGCAAGCUUCGCAAAUAGCCAUUUCCAGGCUUCAAGACCUCGAAAUCUUCGAUUCCUGCAAGAUUCGCCUUGAGGCUGGGCCCCGAGAACUCCCAAACACCGCCAAUGUCAUCGUGGACCUGGUCGAAACCGGUGACAAAGUGUCUGGCGAAUUCAGCGUUUAUACCAAACCCUCGACUAGUUCUUGGACUGCUGAAGGCGCUCUUAAGUAUAAGAACUUUUUGGGCUAUGGUGAUCUAUGGGAUGCUUCUUUGGCCUAUGGUGCCAACCAAAUGACUGAGGCGAGCGUCGGGGUGCAUGCCCCUCGAGUUAAAGGGUUUUUAACUCCUAUUAUGGUGCGGAUAUUCAUGCAUUCCCAAGAUUGGCAAGAGGCUUCCUCGUACAAAGAUCGGUUACUGGGUGCAUCUCUUGGCUUGAUCUCGACAGAGCACCAUGACCUAGCAUACGCCCUUGGAUGGCGUACCUUAGCAGAUCCAUCACAGAUGUCAUCCAGGUCUAUAAGAAGGCAGCUUGGUCAUGGUUUAGUGUCUUCUUUGAAGUAUACAUUUAAAAUUGAUAGGAGAAAUUCUCCUAUUAGGCCAAGAAAAGGAUAUGCUUUUCUUUCCUCCACACAUGUUGGUGGCCUUACACGGGAUCCCCGGAGCUUGCGAUUUCUGCGUCAGGAGUUUGAUUUUCGCUUUGCUGUCCCUUUUGGGUUUUACAAUACAGCUCUAAACCUUGGGAUAUCUGCUGGUGCUGUUUUUCCAUGGGGGCAUGGAUUCAAAACCAAGCCAUCUCCUCUUCCAGAAAGGUUUUAUUUGGGUGGUGAUUUUUCUCCAGUUUGCACCCUAGGAGGGCCAAGAACAUUAUGGGGAUUCAAAACUAGAGGAUUAGGUCCUACUGAACCUCGGAGGCAAAAUAGAGAUGGAUCUGAUGAUGAUGACGUUGAUUCCUCUGGAUGGGACUUCAUUGGCGGAGAUCUUGCUGUUACUGCUUUUGCUGAUUUCUCUUUUGAUCUUCCAAUUAGGUGGUUGAGAGAACAUGGAAUACAUGGUCAUGUUUUUGCUGGUUCUGGGAAUGCUGUUAAACUAACUCAGAACGAAUAUAGGAACUUCUCUUCUCGGAAGUUCUUAGAAUCCUUUCGAAUGUCAGUGGGAUGUGGAUUUGUUAUUCCUACUAGACUCUUCCGCCUAGAGGGUAACUACUUUUACAUACUCAGAAAGGGUGAGCAUGAUCGUGGAAAGACUGGAUUUAGGUUUAGUUUCUCAGCUUCUUCGUAG